AUGGUUGAAGUCCCAACCAUCAAACUAUUCGAACAGGCCAUUUGCAACCGAUACUACGCUGACCAAUCCGUGCGCCUACGACUCACUGCGCUAGAUAUCGACGAGGGACUGUGCAAAAUCCCUCCCAUCCAGGAUGAACUGGCCAACCUCACAGGCCUCAAGUUUACCUUCGAUGCAUUGCCGGGGCUUUUGACAGCGCUGUACUAUGGAUCAAUCGCAGACAGGCUUGGUAGACGGCUUGUACUUGCGCUCUGUUGUGCAGGGACUCUGUGCAGCUUUUUAUGGAUUCUAUUCAUCUGCUAUGCUGACACGAACUUGCCGGUAAAGCUCGUAUGGCUAUCUUCAAUCUUCCUCUGCGUGGGUGGCUCUCAACGGGUGGCUAAGGGAAUGAAUUUCACUAUCAUUGCCGACACUGUUGAUAAAUCGCACAGGACGAGAUACAUGUAUCUUCUUGCAGGCAUUCCCCACUUGACAACGUUGGUAGCCCCACCGCUGUCUGGUCUAUUGAUGCUCAUAAGGAUAUGGCUGCCCUUUGCUGUCGCUAUUGGAGCAUUGGCUCUAGGUCUGCUGAUCAUCGUCUUUAUGCCCGAGUCGCUGAGGCAUCUCUCGUCUUCUCCCAAGAGCCCUCUUCUUGGCGCCGCUGAUACGCUCACUGGCACCGACUCGGGGGAAGGGACAAUUACCCCUCCAGAGCAGCUUCCCCGUGGAAUCCAUAAUCGGCUGCCCGGUCCAGGUCCUGAGAAUAAAGAAUGGUGGAGGGACAUCAUCGUCCUGAUACAAAUGCCGGGACUUCCCUUUUGCUACCUACUUUUCUUUCUCAAGCCGCUUGCCAUGAUCAGCAAAGCUUUCGUGUAUCAAUAUGCUUCUUACAAUUUCCAAUGGGGACUGAGCCAGACCACUUGGUUGAGGUUUUCCCAGGCUGGGGGUUCGUCUUUGGCAACAAUAGUAGUCCUACCGCUGUUGUCUUCUGUGUUAAAUCGGAGAGGACUUCAUGCGCAAAUGCUCGAUCUCAACGUCAUCCGUGUGUCUCUGCUGGUGGCAGCGACGGGCUUCGUCCUGUUGCAACUAUCAUAUCACAGCUGGAUGCUGCUCCUGGCGCUCUUCAUAUGCGGCAUGAGUGAAGGUGAAGAGCCUGCGCUGCAGGGCCUCGCUACUUCCCUCAUAGAUCACGCGUACCAUGCGAGACUGUUCACUUCGGUCGCCGUGGUAGAGAUCCUCGCAAAGCUCAUCGGCGGCCCCAUGAUGGGCAAGUUGUUUUCAAUUGGCCAUGCCAAAUCGAGUGGGAUAUGCUUUUCAGUGUCCGCAAUCAUUCUCUUCGUUCUCAUGGUCAUUGCAUGUGUACAAAGGAUCAAACGUUAA